GUCUGUUUAGUCUUCAUGCUGUUCUGCUUGACAGGGCAGGAAAUCAGUCUCAUUUCUGCUUUAAUUCAUUCUGAUCAAACAUGUCGCUCCCAAUCAGCCCUAUUUGAUUAGGAGAUGCCCGUAUCACAGCCCACCAAGCAGCGGGAAAUGGGCUGCAGGCUCCCCAAGUUGCGGAGGGCAGAGGAGAGGCGAAGCCCGGGGAAGAUCUAUUCCACUCUGCGACGGCCUCAGGUGGAAACCAAGGUGGGCGUGGCCUACACCUAUCACUUCCUGGAUUUCCUGUUGGGAAAAGAAGAGGUGCCGGUGUCGUCAGUGCUGUGCCUGUCCUCUGUCAGGGAGCUGCCGGUUCAGGUCAGGGAGCUCUAUGCCCAGGGUUUUGUUCUGGUGGCCGUCCACCCCUUUGUCCACCCCUGCGGCCCACGCCAUGCCCGCAUCCAGCACCAGCUGCACCGGGCCGUCCUGGUCCGAGAGACUCCGAGUUCAGAGAAGAGCCAGCUGCGGUGGAUGGGACGUCGCCUCGAGACUGAUGUGUGUGUGGCAGGUCACCAGGCCCCCGACCUGGAAGUGAUCCAAAACUAUGUGAAGAGGAUCCAGGAUGUGGCGGAGCAAGGGGUCAUGUUUGUUGGAUUUCUCCAGCAGCCAGGCGGAGGGCCCUGUUUCCUGGGGCACUGGGAGCUUGAGGAGCUGUCCUCCCUGCACUCCAGCCCUUCCCCAAUACACCGACACCCCUUCAGCACGAGCGCCAGCCCGACCGAUCCCGCAGAACCGCACCGCAACGACACAGAACCCGACUAUCACAUUUUUGAACCCCAAGAUCUAGAUCAUGACCGUGAAGAACUGACGGUGCAGGACCACGAGCCUGCAGCGUCCAGAGAGCCAGACUUCAGCCCUCUAAAACCCGUCCAGAAUUUAGAGAACCACACUCCAAUCCAAACCUCAGAUAUCAGCCUCAAGGAACCAACAGAGUCAACAAACAAACCUCAAGAUCACAGCAAACGAGGCGCAGACACGGUCCAGUGGUAUGACAGUCAAAAUCCACAAGAGGUUGAAGCAGGUCAGCUGUGUCCCAGUCCUCCGUGUGUUGUCAGACAGCAGCGCUGCAGUCUACCAGAGGCCAGCAAGACUAAACCAGAACUCAAAGAAGCCACAGGCAGGCCUUUCAGUCUGGAUGCAAAUCUUCACAAUGAGAAGGACAGACAGGGAAUGAGCUCAGGUAGCUGUGCCGGCUCUCCAGAACCCGAUCACAGCCAAGGAACAGAGUCUAACGGCAGCUAUCCUGACAGGCAAGCCAGAGCGACGACCCACAACAACAAUCACAUCCGGGUCAAAAGCUCUGAGAAGGAGAGGAAGGCUGCCACCUCACCACCAGCGCAGGCUAGGAUGCAGCUCUUUGCUCUGUACAACCACACGGGGGAGCUGAACAGUUCUCUGAGGUUCUACGCGCUCAGGGUUCCGCUACGUGUGCAAAAAGAGGCGGGGCUAACCACCGAGGUCGACGCCCACUGGCUCGACCACAUGACACAGCAUUUCACCAAUGGCGCGCACCUCAUCGACGGUUUCUUCCACCUGGGAGAUGACAACGACAAUGGGAUUUCAUCAGCAGAUAGUGUGUUCAUCUUCCAGAGCUCUGCAGAGGACACCGCAAACAUCUCCUAUGACGCCAUCGUGGUCGAACAGUGGACGGUGGUUGACGGUGUGGUGGUGAGGACAGACUACAUCCCAUUGCUCCAGUCUCUGGCUCCGUAUGGAUGGAGGCUGAUGUGUGUGUUACCCACACCUAUCGUCAAAACCAACAGUGACGGGAGUUUGUCGACCAAGCAAAUCCUUUUCCUUCAGAGACCCGUUUUGCAGCGCAAGAGAAAAGACUUCAAGAUGUUGAACCUCAGGGGUCGCAACAAGGCAAAGAAAAACUCUGCCGGAGAAACACCGGAGAAGGAGAGAGAGAACACAUCCCCCGUGAUGGAGAGAGAGAUGGAAAGGCUGGGGAGAAACACCAAAGAACAGGAGGACGAAGAAGAGAGAGAGGAGAGGAGGAACGGGGACAAGGGCGAGGGAGAGAGCCCUCAGAGAGGCGGAGAGGAGAGACGAGGGGAAGCGCAUCAAAAGGGCUUCUCGCUACGAACAGAGGGCGGGGCUUCUGACGAAAACCAGGAAGAGGAGACUGAAAUUGACCAGAUUCCAUCGGCUAAGCAGGAGAAGACAGUGAGAUGGACAGAUGUGUUUCAGAGAGAUGGCGGAGGGAUGAAGGAGGAGGUGAAGACGGAAGAGCGGAUCAAACAGCAGCUGAGCGAGAGAGCGCUGUUCUCUGGUGUCUGUUGACACAUUGGGCACAAAACAGGCGAAACAUGACUGAAGUUUCCAAAAAUGUCUUUUACAGGACAUUUCUUCUGUGGACAAUCCAGAUGUUGCCAGUCAUAUGCUGUAUCAAUAUUGAGUACCGUUGCUAAUGCUUCAGUCAGCCCUGGUUAGGGCAUGAAUGGGUCUCUGAGGUUGUAGCACCCAUGAAAUGGAAAUCAGUGUUGUGCAGUUCUCUGCUUUGGGUCAGUGUUGCUAUUUGAUGUGUCCUUAUAUAAAACAAGGCUGUACAUUACAACGUAAAGCAGGUUUCCAGUCAAAGCCUUAAGUGUCAUUUUCACACCUAUUGUUGUAAUUACUAUUUUCUAGCCACAGCCCUGCUACCAAGGGAGUGCUAAUCUCACUGGGUCCACUGUAUUUUUAUAUUGUGAAGUAUACGCUUUAAGACAGAAGUGAAAAUAAAAAAAAAAAAAAAAACUCAAAGUAUAGGGCACACUGCAUUGAUAUAUUACAUG